CAAUGCACUGUUGCAGGUUUUUAGCAAAGGCGGAUGCUAAUACCAUAAUGUCCCACUGAGAGGUGUUGUUUAGGAUUAUGGGUAAAAGAUAUACGUAGUCAGCGCCAUUUUGCGAAGCUGUGGCUUGAGUCGUCUUGGGGCGACACCGUUUUUUCCUUAGGUGUUACAUUAUAGGUGUCCGGCACAGUGGCAGUAGCUUCAGGCUCUGUGCAGUGGGUAACAGCACGUUCUGCGUGUGGAGUUAGAAGCCAUGUGGGACGGUUCUAAUUUUAGUGGAGGUGGCAUGGGACCCCAUCGGGGUAUGCCUGAACGGAGCAUACGUGAUUGGAGACGUGAAGUAUUACCUCCUCGGGAGCUCCAGAUGCUAGACAGACAUCCUGCAGACUUUCCAGGCAGGCAGCCACCUUCUGGUUUCCAAGGGAGAGGUGACUCAUUUGGAAUGCAAUUGGAACAUAUUGAGAGAGAAAGGGGGCCACCAUUUGAAAUGGGACCUCGGAGAGGGCCUUCUUUCGGACCUAGAAAUAUGCGAGGUAUAGAAGAUGCUUUACUUGAUUUCAUGGGUGGGGAUGCCCAUGUUAGCAUUGUGAGGGGAAGACCUGGUAUGGAUUUAAGAGGCCGGGACAUGCCUGCGCGUGACUUUGGUAUGCAGAAUCAACCUUUUGUGGAACAAAGAGGUUGGGAUGGGCCAGCUGCUGAGUAUAGAGGGAGAGAUGUACAACCUCAUAACUUCAGGGAUUUUGGUCCACCCUCUCCUGAGUUCAGAGGCCCUGACAUGACCUCCUUGGACUUCAGGGCCCGGGAUGCGACUCCAGGUGGGUAUAGGGGCAGGGAUAUUUCCCCAGGCAGUUACGGAGGUCAGGACAUACCAAGUGACUUCAGGGGUAGAUCUUUUCCCUCUGAAUUUAGAGGUCGGGAUGCUUCCUCUCAGGAAUUUAGACGGUGGGAGGGCCCAAGGUCUGAGUUUAGUGGUAAUGAGGCACCUUCAUCUGAAUACAGGGGUCGGGAUGUUUCUUCUCAUGACUUCAGAGAUGUGACGCAUGAGGCCAGGCGAAGUACACCACCUCAUGAGUUUGGUGAUCAUGAUGCUUCUCAUUCAAGCAGGGCUGUGGACAAGCUUGCUUCUGAGGAAGACAAAGACUUGAGUUCUGAACGCAUUUAAGAACCCUGAUGGCAGUACCAUGAGUGGCUUUCGUCUGGCAAAUCUUAGUACAGGUGAGAACCACCUCCUCCUCCCUGCGACUUUCAGCCCUUGGUUUUGAAUGGGCAGCAGUGACAGAGACUUUAACAACUUUUCCUAGAUUAGGACACGUGGUUGGCAAAGAUCAGCCAGUCGUGCACAGAUGGUGCCAGUCUGAGACAAAUGGACUUGUGUAAUAUCUUGAACAAUAUUGUGUAGAAAUGUCAGACAAUGGUACUUUGUUUUAAAAUAAAAAAGAAAAGUUUUUAUUCCUGAAAA